CAAACACACACACUCACACGCUCACACACACACGGUCCACGCACACAAGCGUACACAAACACACACUUCCACACACACGCACACACACUCCGCGAGCUUCUCCGACAGAGGAGAGAGAGAGCGCGAGCGCAGAGAGGGAUAAACAGAGCGCGAGAGAGCGAGACUAUAGGAACGCAGCGGCUCGUGUGUGUGUGCGCGUGUGUGUGUGUGAAGGUACGCUCGCUCGGUGGUUAGAAACGACUGGCGGGGCGGAUAUGGAGGGGCUCGGGAAAAACGCUGGGAAGUGACCGAGCACCGCGACCAAGAGAGAAGAGAGGAGAGAGGAAGGAAGGACGGACGGACAGCACGGAAGGAAGGAAGGAAGGAAGGAAGGAAGGACGGAAGGAAAGGAGGAGAGGAGGAGAGAGAGAAGUGUGACAGAGGAGAGGAAGACUGUGAAGAAGGGGCUCGUCUGGAACACACAAGGAUCCUAAGGAGUGAGCCCUGGGCUGGAUGGGACCCACCAUGCCCCCCAGUAAGAAGGCCCAGAGCCCCAGUAGUGGAGCCAGUGCCUCGCAGGGUAUGAGCCCGCCAUAUCGGCAGGGGGACGCCGCCACAGCAGCAUCCGAAGCGGAGGCGGCCGACCUCUCCCUGUCCCUGUCCGCCUCCUUCUCCAAGGCCGAGGACGAGGAGCUGACCAGCCUCUCCUGGCUCCACGAGAGCACCGACCUCCUCAACAGCUUCAGCCACUCGGGGCUGCGUAGCGUCUCCCCCCUGCAGGACCCCGACGGUCAGCACCCGCGGUCACCCUCCUCCUCGUCUCCAUCCCCGGAUGACCCCCUGCUCGGCGAUGCCCACUCGGCGUACGACCUAGCAGCGGGGGCAAACAGGAAACCGCCGUACUCCUUCAGCUGCCUGAUCUUCAUGGCUAUCGAGGACGCGCCAAACAAGCGGCUGCCGGUGAAGGAUAUCUACGGCUGGAUCCUGGAGCACUUCCCUUACUUUGCAAGCGCUCCCACUGGCUGGAAGAACUCAGUGCGCCACAAUUUGUCGCUCAACAAGUGCUUCAAGAAGGUGGAUAAAGACCGGAGCCAGAGCAUAGGCAAAGGCUCUCUGUGGUCCAUAGAUCCGGAGUACAGGCACAACCUGAUCCAGGCGCUCAAGAAGACGCCGUACCAUCCCUACUCGCCCGGCCUGGCCACCCCCUCCACCUCUCCACCCACCCUGCCUCAGACAUUUCACCACAGUCCUCCAUUGUGGUCGGGGAGUCCCCUCUUCAGAAAGAACGGAGGAGUUCUCCUACAAGUUCCUCGUGGUGUGAUCCAAAAUGGCGCCCGCGUCAGGAGCCAGGCACUCUUCCCUGUGAUAAGACCCCUACCUGUAAGCCCUGUGGGGAGCAGAACCUCGGCCAUACGAUCAUCCCUGGGAGAUUAUCUAAGCCGAGGACAGGACAGCCCUUCCCGCUACUCUCCUCCGCUCUGCAGCGAGGACCUCCAGGACGACCACACUUACAGCACCGCCAAAUCCCCCAGCAGGCUGUGCUCCUCCCAGGCCGGCACCCCUUCCUCCCCUCUGGACGACGACGACAUCAUUGCCGUGGAGAUCCAAUCAGACGUCAAGCCCGAGCCCCGGGAGAUCCCUCUGGAUUCUCACAUCACCGCCACCGCCGCCGCUACCUACAUUUCCCAGCAGCCCCUGCGCGGACAGAGACGUAGCUCGGGGCCGGGAGCUGGGACUCUGGCAGGGAGCAGCUUGCCCUGGACCAAAAACCGAGCGAGGGGCAUUAGCGACACGCUGCCGCUGAAGAAGCGGCGCGCGGCGGCGGUGGAGAAGCCGCCGGAGAGCGACGACGAGGAGAUGAAGGAGGCGGCGGGGUCGCUGCUCCACCUGGCGGGGGUCAGAGCCUGCCUCAACAACAUCACAAACCGCACCGCCAAGGGCCAGAAGGAGCAGAAAGAGGCCCUGAGAAACUAACACAUAGAACAAGUACAUGACAAACACACACAGCUAACACACAUGAACACACACAGACACGUACACACAAAUAGGUCAACAGGUAACGUUACUACAGCAUUAGUCUCAACGGACACUUCUCAUCUCCCUCUAUCUAUCUGCAGGGCAUUAGGUGAAUCCUACUUAUUUGUGGCAAUAUCAAAAAUCUAUGUUUUCCUACAUGUUCAGCAACACUAACAUCAAUGGGUAUCUCUCAUGUGUCUUUGUUGUUUUUGUUGUUUAAAAGGGGAUGAAAGCCAUACACAAAAAAAAAAAAGAAGAAAAAAAAACGAGCAUGUUUUGUCACUAAUUUGGACGACACGACAAAACGGAAUCACAUUGAGGAGCGUUACAGUACAUAAACACAGAAGAAGAUGGCUGUUUGUCUUACCUGUUUGUUUCUAUGUGAAUCUGUAGCAAUCUCGCAGUGAUGCCAGCAAAGACGGCAGAGCCUAUUUAACAAGACUUAGAGCUCUCGCGGCCGCCGCUCUAAACGCUAAAGCGUCACUCUCCGACAUCCACGAGCACAAAUGUGAGACUGUGCCAAAGAUAAGCGACCAGGUUGCUUCAUGUAGCCGAUACGACAGCUGACAAAAAAACACACACACACAAAAAAAAAAACACAAGAAGGCAUAGUGAGCGAGGGGGGGGGGGGGGGGGGGUGACCGAAAAUAAUUGUAAAACCCAAUGUGAUAUAUAUUCAUGCACUUAAGAUUAUUUAACACCACUUAUAAUAGAAGCAUCAUGGGUAAAGACAUGGUUUAUUUCAAGAGCACUCAUAGUAUUUAAGAUAGAUAUUUUAAAAUAAAAAAAAAAAGGUCAUGUUUAUCACCAUAGAGAUGGAUAGUGUGCCGGGUCUGAGGCAAUAUCUCCUUCAUUUUGUUGUUGUUGUUGCAUAAUGUAAACGUCCCUUAAACCUCCCCAGUACUUCUGUCCAUAGACGUAGACACCUGGUAUAGAUAAUAUGGUCGCUACCAGUAGCCGCCACACCUUCCUCUUCAUUUUGACAGUGUCAAAGAACUAUAUACAUGAACUGUGGGUUUAGAUUUCUGUUUGUGUCUGUUUACCCUCACUCUACCCUCAUAAAGAUAUAAGCAAUUUGUCCCGUGUGGACAACUCUGUAAAAAGGUUAGAAAAUAUUUUAUUUUUUUCCUUUCUUAAUUGAAGCAAUUUGACCUGCAGGACUUUCUCAGUUAUAUUGCAUGGGUGCUUGUAAAUAAGAUAAAAAGCAAAUCUUUUUUAUUCAAAGAUCAUGUAAGAUAAACGAUGUAUUUAGCAUGAAGCAUGACUUAUUUUCAUAUAAACCUUGAUCCUAGAGGAAAGAAAAAAAGUUUUGCCGCCAAUUCUUAUACCCGUGAUUAUAUUGGAUUUUUGUUGUUGUUGUUCCUUUGAAUCUUUUGGGUUCCUUUUUUUGUUUUGUUUUGUUUGUUUUGUUUUUUUCUGAGCGGGCUUUCAAAGACACGUCUUCAGGGAGGAGCGUGGGGGAGAUCACUCUGCAAUUUUUAAGAGGCCCUCUGGGCUUCGGGUUCAGGCUACGUAGGCCAGCUGAAUCACCUCUUAGGGGUGGGCUUCCGUCUUCUUCUGCCUGUACAGUGGUUUUUAGGUGUUCAAUGUUAACCCCAGUGUUAUUUCAGAACACAUCUGUAGAGUGUGUGAGUUUGUGUGCCCAAGGAACACACACCCUUUAACAUUGUGCCUGCCUGCCUGCCUGCCCUCAGUACCUCUGUUGUCAUGUCUCUGACAUGUUUGGACAGAACGUCUUUAUUUAUAACAGUAUUGUUUCUUUUCUUUUUGUUUUCCUCUCGCCUGUGUGUAAAUGUACAUGUGUCCUUAUUUUCCAUCUGUGUACGUGUUUGGAUCAGACGGGGAAACUUUGUAGGUGUCCUGAAAGAACCUCAUAUCUCCAAAAAGGCUACGAAGAAGUUGAAAAGAAAGAGGAAUGUAGGAGACGGCAUAAAAGACAGAUUUUCUUUUUAUUUACAUACAGUAUUGUUAACCCUUUGAUUAAAGGAUGAGGAUGUCAAGCUUGCAUAUUUAUCUCAAGAACCCAGUCCACAGAUAAGAUGGUUUGUUGAAUAUAUUUCGCCACUCUACAAGGUGCAUGUGAAUCAUGAAAACACUGACUAUGUUUACAUGCACAAAAUAUUCCACUUUUUCCCUUAUUCCAAAAAUGACAAUACGCCCACUGAGCUGUUAACAUGGUGAAAAAGAUAAUAGAUAUUCCACCAAUAUUCCUGUUCACAUGCAGCUGUGUAUACUCCCAUUAACCUGGCCUUACUUGUUGUUUAUCACGUCAAAAUCUAGAAAAGUGAAAUGUCUGUUAUUUUACUUUCUUUCUGGCAGCGGACCUGUUACACCGUGCAAACACAGCCUCCGUCUGUCAUUCCUGUAACACCUUCUUGAAAAGGUCAAUGUGUGGAGAUUAAUUUGUCUCAUUAUUUGUGUGAAUAGAUCACAAAAUAAAAUACUUUCCACAAAUACAAAAAAAGAUGUGUAAACUCGAAAAAUAUUUUGCCAAAAAUAAAAUAGAUCUGCAAAUGCACACAUUAAACAAUUUUUAAAAAGUCUUUGAAUACGUUUAAUUAAUUUACAAAUACAUGAAAAGCAUUUGUGAUUAUCUUCCUAACAUUUAUAACUUUCAAACACAGAUAUUUGUGAAUCUUAAUUUUACGCAAACUGAGUCCUUUUUUUUUAGUUUUGGAAUUUGUGUAUGUGCAGAUCUGUGUAAUAUAAAAAUCUUUUUUGUAUUUGUGUACGUUGUUUUAUAGUUUUUAUUUACACAUUUACGCACAAAUUGUUGAUCUCCUCACACAAAUAAUACCGAAACAAAUCUAUCUCCAUAUCAGUGUUUUGAUACUUGCACAAAUCCAGAAACCUGUUGAUUUCCAGGUCUGUCAUAAUAUUUAAAAGAAGCUGUGUUUCUUCUUCUGACCAGAAAUGUGGGUUUUAAUUUUGGGCAUGUAUCCAGACCGUCCUGAUGACGUGAGCUCAACAUUCUGUCUCUCUCUCUGUAUCAGUCUGGACUCGCUGUUGCUCCAAACACUCUCCAGAAAUUAAAGUCCAAUCAGGGCCAGUUAGAGAUUCAAACUGUAGUUGACAACGUGAGCAGCCAGUCAGAGACUAUGUUGUAGUUCAUGAUGUAAAAUGCAGGCCACAGCUUGCAGAACAGCAAGUAAAGUAAACACAGCAAUAAGUGACGUUAUUGCAGAAAGAGAGUCAAUAACAGCAAUUCAACAAGAACAAGAGGAUGCAAUCGGAGAGUUUCUUGGACGAAAAGACGUUUUCGCCGUUCUUCUGACUGGAUUUGGCGCGAAACAGGAUGUUGAGCUCACAUCAUCAGGAUGGUCUUGCCAGGCGUGUAUCUUUACACCAGCCUUGCAAAUUGUUGGCAAGUUGGUUUGUGUACAACGAACAGGCAAGAAGCCAUCGGAUGCAAACUGCGGUAAAAAGCCCAACUGAGACGUAUGUUCUGGAUGCACUGGAUACAUGUCCAAAGAAUGCUCCUACAACCUGAAUGAUACCGGCUAGGGCUGCCUCUUAAAGAAUAUGCUGUUUACAUGGCCCCUAUCAAAUUCCGAAUAUUGUCAUAUUGGGAAAAACUGUGGAAUAUUAGUGUGCAUGUAAACGGAGCCACUGACCUGAUUGAAGAGCAGCAUUUGACAUUUUUGCAUCAGAAGUGAUAUAAACACUGCACUGCCAUUAUACAGCAUGCUUUGCUGAAGCAGGAAUGCAUUAAAGUAUUAAUUUCCCCACAGCUGCGGAGAUGCAGUACAUAUAAAAAGCAGCUUUGCAGGAGGAAGUGUCGGUUGUAGCAGCAGUCAGACGAGGUUUUUUUGUGUUUAAGCUCAAUGGAGUGAUUGUCAGCGAGCCAAGCAGGCAAACAAAUGCAUGUCCCAUCCACUGGUACAGUCCUCUGCCACCUGUAGCAUGCAUCACUGGCUUUGCAUUUUGUAUGGUAUCCAUGCCGACAUAUAAAAAAGGCUAAAAGGAGACACUGUCAGUGUUCUUGUUGUGUGCCAUCCGUCUCUCGUCUGAUAUCUGUCUGAGUGCUCCCGCGGCCCAGGUCAAGCACUCUGCUGUAUUUGCAGCAACAAUCCACUGUUGUGGUGACUAAUAACGUGUUCAGCUGGCAAGAGGCAUGUCGAGGGGAGAAUGUGUUGCUUUAGCAACCACCUUUUUUCCUCUGACUCACUCAGCGACAUGCAGGAAAGAUGAACUCCUGACCUGCGAGUCCUGGAAAAACACAUCAAAUAUACCGUGGACAUUUUAAAGCAAAGAAAAUAUACGUCACUGCCUGAAAAGCCCCGAAAACAAGUGUUCGUUUCAAACCUGCCAAACAUACGAUGAAAAAAAAUACAGUUGCCAUUUUUUAUUUGUUGAUGUUUUUAUGCACAUUUUCAUUUUCUGUUUUGUUUUCUCUCUCUGACAAAAUUAUCUACAAUACUGCCAUUAUUUCUGGUGACUGUCUGAGCUGAAUAUUGGAAAGCCAUAGGUUAGAGAUGUCAAAAUGCAAAACUGUUAUUGAUCUGUGAGAUGUGAUGCAGAGUGCACCCGGGUGUUGUUUUUAUUUUUUAUUUUUUUUCCAGUAAAUGUUCAAUUCUCUCCUUAUUGUGCAAUCAUAUUGCCAAAGAAUGAUUUCAAGACCUAUUUCAUCACUACAUGUAAAUAUCAACGUUGUCCAAUACCGUGGCAAAAAAUAUAUAAAUGUUGUUUUAUUUUGUUUUCCAUUUUCUGAAAAACUGCAAUGAUGUUUAUGUGAUGUAUUGUCUUCCAGUUGGUUGCAAUAAUAAAAAAUACGAGUUGCAGAA